AUGGACCUUCGACUUGUCCUCCACAUAUCCUGCCUUCUCAUAUCAACAAAUUCCCUUCGAUUCCUCCAAAUCGCCGACUUUCAUUAUGAUCCCGACUACAAUAGCAAUGGAGUGGCCGCUCAGAUGUGCCACGAACAAAAGAAUUCAACAAAAACGAAAAAGUUGGGCGAAUUUGGAGAUUAUUUGUGCGAUUCGCCCGCCAAAUUGGUUGAAAAUGCCGUCCAAGCGGCCGCAAAAACUCUGGCGGAGCCGGAUUUGUUGCUGUGGACUGGUGACAAUAUCCCACAUAUCGAUGAAUACACUGAGGAAUGUAAGCCGAGAUUUUGGGUAUUUUGCACCGUGCGAGGUAAAUUUUUUUUCGCACGGUGCGGUUUAUGAGCAGAGAUUGCCACGGUCAAAAUUUUGGCUCCGGCUCCGGCUCUUAGCUCCCAGAGCCGGAGCCGAGGCCAAAUUUGCAGCUCCGGCUCCGGCUCUUGGCUCCGUGCAAAAUUUACAAAGGCAUCCGGCUCCGAAUCCCGGCUCCUAUGCAAAAGGUUUUUUAAAAAUAUUUUUCCAAAAAUAAAAGUUAUUAGUGUCAGAGAUCAUACAGCCAACGUUUUUGCAGUCAAGUCGCAUCCUCCGCAGUGUUUUUCGAGCAAUUUGGUUUAACAAGAUCACGAAAUUUUUACUUUUCUGACCGCUGGGAAGCCUGGCUCCGACUUUGGGCUCGGGAGCCGGAGCCGACCCCAAAAUUUCCGGCUCCGGCUCUGGCUCCCGGCUCGGAGCCGGAGCCGCUCAGAGCCGGAGCCAAGAGCCGGCUCCGGAGCCGCGGCAAUCUCUGUUUAUGAGUUAAAUUUUUUUCUCGCACGGUGCGGUUUUUAGGUUUUUUAAUGUUGCACGGUGCGAAAAUCUUGUUUUUGAUCUACGCACUGUGCAACAAUUUUUUCGUUGAAAAUUUUGUUGCACAGUGCGGUUUUUUAUUUAUUUUUUUCUUUUGCACAGUGCAAAAAAAACUAUUUUGAUUUACGCACUGUGCAAAAAAUUUUUGUUGGAAAUUUUGUUGCACAGUGCGGAUUUUUUUCUUUUGCACAGUGCAAAAAUUUUCUUUGUUGAAAAUUUUGUCGCACAGUGCGUUUUUUAUUUUUUUUCUUUUGCACAGUGCAAAAAAAAAAUUAAAUAUUUUUUGCACUGUGCAAUUUAAAAUUUUUUUGUUCCUUGCACAGUGCAAAAAUAAAUUUUUUUUGUCAGAUGUCCGAAGUGCUCUAACUUUCACCACGAACCAGAUCAAGAAAAAUUUCCCCAAAACAACGGUCCUUCCAACUUUGGGCAAUCAUGACAUAAGCCCUUCAAAUCAAUUUGGGGAAAACGACAAAGUCUACGAAAUCACGGCUGAUCUCUGGGCGCACUGGUUGAAGGAGGAGGAAAAGGUGAGAUUUUCUCAUUUUUACUGUCCCUCCGGAAAGUCGGCGGACUGAUUUUUGGCAUUUGCACUGUGCGAAAAAAGUCAGGGUGCGAGCGACAGCCCAAAAAAGCCUAUUGCACGGUGCAAAAAGCAAGAAAUUGCACAGUGCAAAGUGAAGUUUUGUUUUCGCACGGUGCGUGUCGCGGAAAUGAUUUCUUUUUCAUUGCACCGUGCGAAAAAUGUCAGGGAGCGACAGCUGAAAAAAAGCCUAUUGCACGGUGCAAAAAGCAAGAAAUUGCACAGUGCAAAGUGAAGUUUUGUUUUCGCACGGUGCGUGUCGCGGAAAUGAUUUCUUUUUCAUUGCACCGUGCGAAUAAAGUCAGGGUGCGAGCGACAAAGCCAUUUGCACGGUGCAAAAAGCAAGAAAUUGCACAGUGCAAAGUGAAGUUUUGUUUUCGCACGGUGCGUGUCGCGGAAAUGAUUUCUUUUUCAUUGCACCGUGCGAAAAAUGUCAUGGAGCGACAGCUGAAAAAAAGCCUAUUGCACGGUGCAAAAAUCAAGAAAUUGCACAGUGCGAAAUGAACUUUUGUUUUCGCACAGUGCGCGUCGCUGAUUUCAGUCCGGCGGCCAUAAAACUUUAUGGAUUUUCAGCCGAAAAAUUGUAUUUUUGGUAGAAAAAAUUUACUUUGGAUAUCGAAAAAAAGGAAAAUUUUUCGAGUUCGAAAAUAAAAAAAAAUUUUUUAAUUUGGUUUAGAAAAAAAUUUUUUUUAAAAGACGAUUUCUGAGUCAGUGCGUCAGCCGUGGACAUAGGAAAAAAUCGAUUUUGAGUUUUUUGCAUUAAAAUGACUGUUGAAAGGGGCUAAGCAAAAGCGAACAAUAUUUUUUCCCAAAUCCUUCGUUAAGGUAUAUUUUUUUACAAUUAACUGUUUUAGAAGUAAUCGCCCCUAGCUGUGGUAUCUUGCCUUGCAGUGCAGUGAUUUGACGGCUACUGUAGUUUUUGACCCUUGCGAACACGAUGGAGUGAUUAUUUUUCCCGGUUUCCUACUGUAACAUACCGUAAUACCGUAUCGACCGCUAAAAAACGGUCGUAAAAUCUUUGUUUCUAAAAACCCCCAGCUGAUUUUUUGAUAUGUUAAUCAGCGUAAAAUUCUGCUCUAGACCCAAUCAAAAAAAGUGCAAAAAGUUGUGCGACAAAUUUCGUGGUGUAGUGGUUAGUGGGCGGGACUACCAUUCCACCGUCCCGGGUUCGAUCCCGGCUGGGUGCAAAUGUCAAAAAAAUGCCGCAAAUCAAUUUUAAUGUAAAAAUAAGGAAUGUCCGAAGAACAAAAAGCAAUUUUAAAUCAUUAUGACACCUCUGUUUUCGAGUAAACCCGGUUUAAUGUAAUCUUAGCGGCUGAAAACGGAAAAAAUAAAAGUGCUUCAAAUGUGACAAAAUUUAUAGAUAUGCUUCUACAGGUUAUUAUAAGAAAUUUUUCCGUUAGUCUUUUUUUGUAACUUACAGUAUAACGGAUUACUGUAGCAUAAUGCAGAAUUUCGUAUUUUGCGUUCUACAUGGCGAAAGAGAGCUGGAAGUAAAGCCAUAAUGUGCAGAAUUAUUACCAAGAAGCUUAUCUGUGAGAAAAAAUAUUUUUUAUGGCAGGAUGAUUUGGUAUACCUGAAUAAUCUUUCACCGUAUUAGCGGUCAACGAUGACGUCAGAACAUACUCGAAAUAAUUUGGAAUUUUGUUUCGGAUAACGAAAGGCGACUUUUUUUGCUGUCAGAGCGGUCUAACAAAAAAUCCCAACUUUUUUUUCAAGAACAUCGAAGGGAAAAUCGAUUUUUUAUAAAUAGUUUUAUGUUACAGUAAUCCGUUAUACUGUAAGCUACAAAAAAAGACUAACGGAAAAGUUUCUUAUAAUAACCUGUAGAAGCAUAUCUAUAAAUUUUAUCACAUUUGAAGCACUUUUAUUUUUUCCCUUUUCAGCCGCUAAGAUUACAUUAAACCGGGUUUACUCGAAAACAGAGGUGUCAUAAUGAUUUAAAAUUGCUUUUUGUUCUUCGGAAAUUCCUUAUUUUUACAUUAAAAUUGAUUUGCGGCAUUUUUUUGACAUUUGCACCCAGCCGGGAUCGAACCCGGGACGCUGGAAUGGUAGUCCCGCCCACUAACCACUACACCACGAAAUUUGUCGCACCACUUUUUGCACUUUUUUUGAUUGGGUCUAGAGCAGAAUUUUACGCUGAUUAACAUAUCAAAAAAUCAGCUGGGGGUUUUUAGAAACAAAGAUUUUACGACCGUUUUUUAGCGGUCGAUACGGUAUUACGGUAUGUUACAGUAGGAAACCGGGAAAAAUAAUCACUCCAUCGUGUUCGCAAGGGUCAAAAACUACAGUAGCCGUCAAAUCACUGCACUGUAAGGCAAGAUACCACAGCUAGAGGCGAUUACUUCUAAAACAGUUAAUUGUAAAAAAAUAUACCUUAACGAAGGAUUUGGGAAAAAAUAUUGUUAGCUUUUGCUUAGCCCCUUCCAACAGUCAUUUUAAUGCAAAAAACUAAAAAUCGAUUUUUUCCUAUGUCCACGGCUAACUGGCGGCUGAUUCACUGACUCAGAAAUCGUCUUUUAACGAACUAAAAAUGUUCCGUAUGCUGUAAAAAACAUUUAUUCUAAAUUUAUGCCAAGUUUCAUCUGAAUAUGACUCAAAAAUUUUAAAAAAAUUUCAAAAUUUCGAAAAAUAAUUUUGAAUUUCUUUCAGAAAACCUAUCUCUAUGGCGGAUAUUACUCUCGGGAAAUCAACGGCGAACAGUUUUUGGUGCUAAACACAAAUCUUUACUAUGUUUAUGACAAAAGAAAUUUUUCGGAUCCAGCCGAUCCGGCGGGACAAUUCGAGUUUACGAAGAAAGCAUUGGCUCAAGCGCAGAGUAACAAUCAGACUGCACAUAUCAUCGCUCAUAUCCCUCCGGGAUGUAAGUUUUCGAGAGAUUUUUUUGGCAAUUUUUUUUGGAAAUUUUAUUUUUGUUGUUACAGUAUACGACAGAGUGCCGAAUAUCAAAUGGUUCACUGAUGAAUAUAAUAAACAGUUUUUGGACAUUAUUCGCGCCUACAAGGACACGAUUAAACUUCUUAUUUUUGGCCAUCAUCACGGCGAUACCUUCCAUGUUAUCAGGGUGGGGAUUUGAUUUUAUUUUUUCGCACUGUGCAAAUUUUUGUCUUUUUGCACUGUGCGAAAAUGGAUGUUAAUUUUUUUCGCACUGUGCAAAUUUUUGGAUUUUCUGCACCGUGCGGAGGUGGGUUGUCUUCACACUGUGCGGUUUUUUUUUAUUUUUCGCACUGUGCGAAUCUUUUCGAAUUCUUUGCACUGUGCAAAAUUUUUUGGAUUUUCUGCACCGUGCGGAGGUUCUUUGUAUUUUUCGCACUGUGCGAAUCUUUUUGAAUUCUUUGCGCUGUGCCAAAUUUUUCGGAUUUUCUGCACCGUGCGGAGGUUGUUUGUCUCUUCGCACUGUGCGGAUUUUUUGGAUGUUAAUUUUUCCGCACUGUGCAAAAACAUUUUUUUCGUGCAGUGCAAAUUUUUUGCCUUUUCGCACUGUGCGAAAUUUUUUGGAUUUUCUGCACCGUGCGGAGGUUCUUUGUCUCUUCGCACUGUGCGGAUUUUUUGUAUUUUUCGCACUGUGCGAAUCUUUUCGAAUUCUUUGCACUGUGCCAAGUCUUUGUAUUCUUUGCACUGUGUGGAGGUACUUUGUCUGUUCGCACUGUGCGGAUUUUUUGGAUGCUAAUUUUUACGCACUGUGCAAAAUUUUUGUCUUUUCGCACUGUGCGAUUUUUUUGUCAAUUCUUUGCACGGCGCGGAAAUUUUGAGGUAUUUCUAGAGUAAGAAACAACAUUCCAGGAUUCAAAUGACUCUCCAAUAAAUGUGGCGUACAUUUCUCCGGCAGUUACCCCCUGGUACAGCGGUUUGGGGCUCGGGGCGAAUAAUCCCAGCUUCCGGGUAUUCGAUUACAACCUGGAAUCUAAGGAGGUUACCAAUGUUUAGUAAGUCGAUUUUUUGAAUAAUCUUUGAUGAAAUUUUAAUAUUUAAAUUUUAUUUUUUUCGAAUAUUGAAAUUUUAAUUUCCCAUUUUCAGCACUUACAAUGUAAAUUUAACGGCCUUAAACGACAACCCAUCGACUCCCUGGACCUUGGAAUACUCCUUCAAAGACGCGUAUGGGAUCCCCGACUUUAGCCCCCAAUCCUUCCACAAUUUGGUCGAGGGAUUUUCGAAAAAUGAAACUUUAUUCGGAACCUACAUGCUUUACAACACAGUCAGCACGGAUGGAAGUCUUCCAAAUUCGACUAUCAAGUAAUUUUUUACUCAAAAUUUUUUGACUGCCUCAGGACAAAAUUUUUUGAAAAAUUCCGAAUUUUAAUUUUUAAAAAAUUUUUUAGACAAGCCCAAAUCUGCUCGCUGAACCAUGCCGAUUACGACAAAUACAGCGUGUGCAUCAGCGGUGCGCUUUCGAAAAUUUGCUCAAUCUUUUCAAUCUUCUUCAUGAUGAUGCUAAUAAUGUUGUAG